CGUGUGUCGGGGUGGAUAAUCAUAGCGGAGAUUAACAAAAUUUUCACCACGAAUCGCAAUACGAAAGUGCGGGCGCUAGGCAUAGCGCAGCCAAAUAACCACCACCAGACCGGCGGCGGCCUUAUCGGCUCGCCAGGCGUUAACAAACUGGCCGACAACGGUAUCAUCACCCUGCCGAAGCCGAUCCUCGGCGGGGGCUCCAGCAGCAAUUCAUCGUCAUCCAACAACGGAGGCAGCUCAGUGGCCGGAAACCUUGGAGGUAAUGGUACCGGUGGUUGCAACGAGUCCAGUGCUCAGGACACAAUUUAUCUCUGCAAUUUCCGCGUGUCGGUCGAUGGCGAAUGGCUCUGCCUAAAGGAGCUUCAGGACUUAGACAUUAAGGACGGCACGCCUGGCCUUGGUGGUGGAAGUGGCAAUGGAGGAAGCGGCGGUGCCGGUGGCGGAAGUAGCGGAUUUGGUGGCAACGGUGACGGUGAUGGCUCGCUCAAUUCUUUCGGUAUCAUUGAGAACGUAAAAUGCGAAGAGAAGAUUAUCGAGCGCGAUUUGGUUAACUACUACUCUCGUGACCCGGCAUCGAUAGAGCGCAGCAAUUUAGUGAACAUAUGCAAACUAGUUGUCAAAGAGCUUCUCGAGCAGUCGAUUCGCUUUGGACGGAUGCUGGACUCGGAUCAUCUUCCCCUGCAGCAUUUCUUCAUAGUACUGGAGCACGUGUUGAGGCAUGGCCUUCGGCCGAAAAAGGGCCUAUUGGGACCCAAAAAAGAACUCUGGGAUAUAUUGCAAAGCGUCGAACGGUACUGCUUAGGAGCUCAGGAUAUUACUUCAUCGGUACGUGAUCUUCCUACGGUUCGGACUCACAUGGGUCGUGCAAGGGCUUGGCUGAGACUUGCGCUCAUGCAAAAGAAGCUGGCUGAUUACUUGCAGGUGCUAAUUGAGCAUAGAGAAGAAGCCUUGGCUGAAUAUUACGAACCACAUGCUCUCAUGAUGAGCGAUGAGGUUAUCAUAGUCAUUGGCAUCUUGGUGGGACUGAACGUGAUCGACUGUAAUCUUUGCGUCAAAGAAGAAGAUCUUGACUCCCAGCAGGGUGUUAUCGAUUUUUCUCUAUAUUUGAGAUCGAGCUCACGAAACAGUCCCGACGACGAAAACAACGGAGGAAAUGGAACGGUAAAUGCCAUCGAGGGAAAUACGGCCACCGGCGCCAUGACUGCCGUAUUAGAUCAGAAGAACUAUAUCGAGGAAUUGAACAGACAUUUGAACGCGACGGUAGGUAAUCUGCAAGCCAAAGUAGAAUCACUCACAACAACGAAUGCACUGAUGAAAGAAGAUUUGGCCAUCGCCAGAAACAGUCUGAUGGCCUUGCAAGCCGAAAAUGCCGCCCUGAGGCGGGCUUCACAGCAUGGUCAGCCAUUAGACGAUAAGACGAAUGUUCUCGAUCGGUUCGAUCCGGAGAUGGCCGAGGCGUUAGCGGAAGAGCGGAAAAAACGUCAAGAAAUCGAAAAGGAACUGAAUCUUCAAGUAUCGUUAAAAGCGGAGACAGAUAUGGCAAUGAAGCUCUUAGAAAAAGAUAUUCAUGAAAAGCAAGAUACAAUCGUCUCACUCCGACGGCAGCUCGAGGAUAUUAAAUCCAUCAACUUGGACAUGUACAAAAAACUUCAGGAAUGCGAAGCAUCAUUGAAGCACAAAACAGAGCUCAUGUCACGAAUGGAAACCCAGCGAGAAUCAAUGGCCCUGGCCAUUGCGCAGUUGGAGAAAAAAUACAACUCCGAAACCGUUAGCCUGAAUGCUUUACAGGAAACUUCGCAAGCCUUAUCGCUCCAGGUGGUUUCUUGCGAACAACGAGCAACACGUGCCGAGGCCGAUUUGCGCAUAGAACGAGAAUGGCGAACCGCCAUGCAGGAGAAUGAAGUGAAGCAUAAGGAACAGAUCAGCAGCCUACAGUUAGAACUACGACAACUCACUGAUGAGCUAAAGCAACACGAUCGUACCAAAGCUGAACUAGUGCAAUUACGAAAACAGUGGGAAGAAGAUCAACGUACUCUCGAAGAAUUAGGAAUUCAACUAAGCGUUAGCAAGUUGCAGAUUUCCGAUUUGAAAGAGAAAACUUCACAUCAAAGUAGUGAUGGAAGACUUGGUUCUGAGGCAAAUAGCGGGACAGGAUCCUGGACCCCGGAUAAAGGCGUUUCGAACUGUAAAAGCUGCAGUAAAGAAUUCAGUAUGACUCGUCGGAAGCACCAUUGUCGUAGUUGUGGGGAUAUUUUCUGCUCGAGCUGUUCCGAGCACGUGUCUGUGAUACCAGGCGAGGCCAAUGGAAAACCAGUCCGGGUUUGCGAUUCCUGCUGGCAGAAAUUAGCAAGUAGCAGUCCUCCUGGUGCCAAUUAAGAGUCCAAAGUUGGGCACAUACCUUUUUAUUGCUUCUUUCGUAGACAAAGUUGCUACAAUGUCCAUAGGGUUUUAUUGAAGACCGUGCAAAUUGAAAAUUAUGAUGUAGUGAAAAUUAUAAAUG